AUGUCUCAAAGCCAUGCUCUUUCAGACGACCAGGUCGCGGGCGAGCUCCGCAAGAUGACCGCCUUCAUCCGACAGGAAGCUCUCGAGAAGGCCAGAGAGAUCAAUCUCAAGGCGGAUGAGGAAUUCGCCAUCGAGAAAUCGAAACUUGUACGACAGGAGAUUGCUUCUAUCGACCAGCUGUACGAGAAGAAGUUCAAGCAGGCGAGCAUGUCGCAGCAGAUCACCAAGUCCACCCUUGCCAACAAGACUCGUCUACGGGUUCUCUCAGCUAGACAGCAACUCCUGGACGAAUUGUUCGAGCGGGCCAGAGGAGAGGUUACUACUGCUGCCACGGGAAAGAAGGGUGCCAACUACGAGAAGACACUAGCCGGCCUUAUUCUAGAGGGACUCUACGCUUUGAACGAGAGCAAAGUGCAGGUUAGAGCCAGAAAAGCCGAUUAUGCUGCUGUCAGAAAGGCCGCCGAGAAUGCUUCCAAGGAGUUCAAGGAUAAGGUUGGAAGGGAAGCCACCGUUGAGAUUGAUGAGCGUGAACCACUCGCCCAAGACUCGGCUGGUGGUGUUAUCAUUCUCGGAAGCAAUGGGAAAAUCGAAUAUAACAACACACUUGAAGAGCGUCUGAGAUUACUGGAGGCAGACUCCCUACCCACAGUCAGAGAGAUGCUCUUCGGCAAGAACGCCAAUCGCAAGUUCUACGACUAA